AUGCACUUGUCCCCACUGAGCCAUUCUCCACCUGUCACUGCACCACACAGGCCGCCCCGCGAACAACGCUUGUUCCCCGAAGAAGCUACAAACGCAUCUAUUAUUGGUACCAGCGGCCGCUCCUCUGUUCACUGUCUGAAAAUGGCCGCCCUGAGACCUGCCUGCUCCUCUCAGCGGACUCGAAGCUCAAAGAAAAUAGAAAGCGAUGCAGCAGUCUUCACACAGCAGCCCACAGACCUGGUGGUGGUGGCGGGACAGCCGGUCACUCUUCCCUGCUCCAUACCUGGUUACCACGGCAUGGUCCUGUGGUUACGAGACGGGAUGGCCCUGGGAGUCAACCGGGAUAUGUCGGGUUACCCCAGAUAUGACAUUGUUGGAGACCACAGCAAAGGAGAAUACCACCUGCUGAUCCAGAGGACAGACAUCCAGGACGACGCCCACUUUGAGUGCCAGGCCAUCCAGGCGGCCAUGCGAUCCCGACGGGCCCAGCUCACCGUGCUGGGUAAGGAGCUCUUCAUUUUUGGCAGUUAUCCCAGACAGCAGUGGUAA